AUGGCGGGCAGAAUGGUGCUGUACAAACUGGUGGUGCUGGGAGAUGGUGGUGUUGGCAAGACGGCCUUGACCAUCCAGCUGUGUCUGCAGCAUUUCGUCGAGACGUACGACCCGACAAUUGAGGACUCGUACCGCAAGCAGGUGGUCAUUGACGGCCAGCCCUGCAUGCUGGAGGUGCUCGAUACGGCCGGCCAAGAGGAGUACACAGCGCUGCGAGAUCAAUGGAUUCGCGACGGCGAAGGUUUUGUGCUGGUCUACAGCAUCGCAUCCCGCUCAUCCUUUACUCGCAUUAAGCGGUUUCACCACCAGAUCCAGCGCGUCAAGGAGUCGGUAGCUUCCUCACCGUCAUACCCCGGCUCUCCUCUUUCUGCCACCAACUCGCAGCUGCCUGUGCCCAUCAUGCUUGUCGGCAACAAGAGCGACAGAGUCACCGAGCGCGAGGUAUCGACCCAAGAGGGACAUGCUUUGGCUCGGGAGCUAGGCUGUGAAUUCGUCGAGGCCUCAGCCAAGAAUUGCAUCAACGUAGAAAAGGCCUUCUACGACGUCGUGAGAAUUCUGCGCCGCCAACGCCAGCAGGCUUCACGACCCGCGGCGGGCUCAAGCGGCCGAACUCGAACGAGCAAUGGCGAAGUAGGCGGAGGAGGCCGAGAUUCGCACAAGUACGGGCGCGGCGGUGGCAAGGGCAAGUCCAAGUGCAUCGUGUUAUGA